CCCCUUCUUACUCUACCUCCUCCCCCGCAGUCUAUUUGUUGCCCUCCUCUCUCGCCUCUCUCUCCUCACCACGGAGUUAGGGUUUUCCUCCACCAUCACCAUGGGCGAAUCUUCGUCGUCGGCUUCCUACAUCAGAACGGUGCAACACCUGAUCGAGCAAUGCCUCCUCUUCCGCAUGAGCAAGGAGGAGUGCAUGGAAGCCCUCGCCAAGCACGCCGACAUCAAGUCCGUCAUCACCUCCACAGUUUGGAAGGAGUUAGAGAAGGAGAACGGGGAGUUCUUCCAGGCGUACAUGAAGGAGCAAGAGGAGAAGGCCAUGGAGGUCGAGGCUGCGCAGAGGAUGCAGAAGAUUCUCACCGAGUUGGCUUCCAAAGAUUACGACAAGGAAGAGUGAGAUCGAACUCUCCAUUACCAUCACCUUCGAUCAUCCAAUAUGCAUAUAAUCUCAUCAAAUUCUACUACCAAACAAUCACGGGAUGUCCGAUGUAGGAAUAAACGUGUUGGGGGUUAUGUAUGUCACGUGUAGCCACGAGAACAUUUGAUAUGUAUGCAUCACUAUUUUUUUUUUCCC